AUGACGCUGUUUGCGAUGAAUCUCUUGUACAACCUCAAGAGAUCAAACGGUGUGAUCAUCGAGCUCGAUGACGAGUACGCCGGAACCUUCAAGGAAAAAUACCUCAAGACCAUCACAUCCAGAGACCAGCUGUACACCGACGAGUUCUACCAAAAAAUGUCCGUGAUGGGCCAGCUUGACGACCUUGUCAAUGAGCCAAUUGAGACCGUCUCGUUCAACGAAACGAAAAAUCCUUAUGACGUACUCAAGGAAAAGUAUCCAAACAGCGAGGAUUAUGCUAACCUGGGAACCACAGAAAAGGCAAAGAUCUACUUCAAAGAUAUCCUCCCAGCCACAGGGUUCCAGUUCAGACCUAUCCAGGAAGCUAUCUACAGAGAUAUCUACAAUCCUAAAAAAUAUCUCGAAACAAGACUCUCCAAAUGGCUGAGACUGAAAGAGGUGCUUACUCAAGAAGAAAUGCACCACCUCGAACUCACAGAUGAGGUGUUCAAGGAGAACCUGCUGAAAAUUAAGGAACGGAAACUCAAGGUCAACGAAAACUCGUCCAAGGAGAUCCUCAACUCGCUCGACCACAUGAAGUUUGUCAACUCAUUCCUUUUCAAGAAUGACCAGCCUUUCGAAGACACUGAGCUUGAAGGAUUGUGUCCCGAAGCAAUGAAGGUCGUCUACCCAUGGCUCUCUGGCUACCUGCCAACCUUUACCAAAUACAACAAGAGAUUGGAGAAGUCAGAACAAUUCCCAUUGGGCGACGAAGGAUCCUCCAACGGGUGUAUUUUGAAGAACAUUCAGAACCACCUAUCUGGUCGUGGAAUUGUGAUCACCGCUUCGGAUGGACAAGUUCCAGAACUGAGCGCAUUACUAGCUUUGCUGAGAGUUUCUGGAAACCAGCUCCCAUUACAGAUUUUCCACAACAAUGACUUGAGCCUGAACUCGAUUAAGAAACUUGUUGAGGUUGCUACAGACCCAGUGAUGAGACUUCCUAAGGGAACUAAGUUUACCAAGACCCCAACUCUUGACCUCACGUUUGUGGACGUCUCCAAAACAAUCAUCUUCCGUUACAAGCACUACUUCCAAAGAUGGUAUAUGAAGCUGCUGGCCUACUUGUUCAGUUCGUACGAAGAGAUCAUUGUUCUUGAUACCGAUACUAUUCCAUUGCUUAACAUUGAACAAUACUUCCAAUUGCCUGCUUACAGAGACACAAAGACGCUCUUCUUCAGAGACAGAGAAGCCAACUCGUUCCUUUACGAGGGAAUCAUGAAAUUCUUCAGACAAUAUCUCAAUAACGAUGACGAUCGCAACUAUCUCCAACUGAAAACCCCUAGCGAGGGCAUCACUAAAAACAGAUUCUUUGGCGAAAUGGCCAGACACUACAUGGAGGCGGGAUUAUUUGCCAUUGACAAAAAGGCCAAGUUUGACGGUGUUGUUAUGGCUGUUGCACUCCCAUUUUUUAAGUUGAUUUCCAACUCGGUCCACGGAGAAAAAGAAUUCAUCUGGCUGGGACAGGAGUUCAUGGGCCAGACUUAUAGAUUCAACACGCACCCAGCAGUGGCAGUUGGUGAACUGACAGAGAGAAAGGGAGAAUCUGUUGCUAAUGAGCUUUGUUCUACCCAUCCGGGUCACAUUUCCGACGAUGGAAAGAACCUACUGUGGUUUAACUCAGGUUUCCUUACCUGUAAGCGUCCAGAGUCCUAUUAUAAAGAUGUGAAUUUCGAGAGAAACGAGGGUAAGGAUCUGCUUCAGCUGAAGAAGGAGUAUGCCUCUCCGCUGCACAUCACCAAGGCGCUGAUUCCUCCACCUGCCGAGUUCAGUUUGGAGGUUGACGGAAGCGAGCCAUCCAGAGGAUGGGUGAUGACUGCACAAUGUGAAAACUACCUUUGGUGCGCUUACGAUGUGAUCGGUGGUGGAACCAACGAGCUGAUUCCAAAGGGACAAAUUGUUUCUUUCAACGCCCAGGACACAGAAAAAUGGGACAAUUUGGGAACCAUCUGGGUUAACUACUUCAAGAUGGCCGGUAAGGGAACCAAGACCGAUAUGGGAUACGUUGAAGAUGAUGCGUAUGACGAGCUUGGACUCGACAAAGCCGACGAAGAAGAGUAUGAUACCGGAAACUCUCAUUCCAAGGGAGGAUUUGCCUCGUCUAGUGGCUCGUUUGGCGGUGCCAGCAAGUCCAGUAAGAAUGCAAAGCCUGCUGCCGACAAGCAGGAAAAAGGCAAUGGGCUCAAGAUUAAGAAGCCAACAAAGGGCGAAGAGUCUAAAGACGCAUUGGACUACGAGGAGUACGAAAAUGACGCGCCUGUCUCGGCUGGUAAACCGAAGAAGGCUGCUGGUACAGAUGCAAAGAAAACAGGAGCACAGUUCAGUGAUGCAGAUUAUUUCGAAAGCGCAAGCUCUGGAGUGAGCAAGGGAUUCAAAGAGACCGAUGAUUAUGACGCAAUUGUGAUGGACGACGAGGCUUCCCGAGAGAAAGCCGACGAGGCCAGCUCGCUGACCAAAGCAGGAAAGAACUUGAACGAGUUUUGGAACGCAUUUGGAUUUGGAUCGGGCAAUAAGCUCGACGCAUCUAAGUUGUCUUCGUAUGCGGACGACUCUGAAAUUAGUCUUGAAGACAUUGCUGCCAAAGGUGAGGACGAGCCUAAGGAAAACAAUGUUUUGGGCCAAGAGCUGUUGAAGGAGCUCCAAGACGCGGCUCUUGACCAGGUAUAG